AUGCCUGGGCUGGCAGGUCCCAAUGGCCUCCCACACUCUCUCAUCUCACGCUCCUCUCUGGCGAGCGCGAGCCCGCUUACCCUGAGCUGCUGGGCCCGCGAAGCGCGGACUGGCGGGCUGGCGGGCAGGCCCCCGGGAGCAGCGGCGGCGGCGGCGGCGGCGGCGGCCCCUGACCCGGCGCUCUCCGCCUGCCCCGGAUCGGCUCCGGGAACUGAGCGGGCCAGUGAGAUGGGCGCCCUCGUGCCCAGAGCAGCCUUACCUCGCGAGAGCAACGCGCAGGCGCAAAACCAAGAGGGCGCCCGGAAAACAGCGGGGCAGGGCGGCCUCGCAGGACGCUUGCGGAACACGACCAGUGCUGGGCCUCGGCGCAGGGCGAUCGGCCAGCGCCUGUCCUUGGCCGCAUUGGAGCGGGCUCGGCUGCAGCGCGGCCUCACGUUCUCCGGCCGUGGCUUCCUGCACACAGCUGUCAAUUCCGAGCCUCCCUCCUGGCCUGUCCGGCUAGAGAUCCACCCUGUCUCUGAGGCAGCCAGUGGGCUGCAGGGUAACUCGAUCACCGUGACCGGCCUCCUCAAGCCACCGGGGAGCCGCGCGGUCGGACAGCGGUGCAGUGACAGCAGCCGCCUAGAACAGGAGGUACACAUCUGGGGCUCCAUGAGGAAGACAGCUUUCAUCCUGGGCUCUGGCCUUCUCUUGCUUGUGGCCUUCUGGAACACAGUCACAUAGCAUCUUCAGAGAUUUUGGGGCACUUCUGGCUAUUUUUGGCAAGCCCAGUGGGAGAGGCUGCUGUCAAGAUUUGAAGGGAAGGAGUGGACCCUCUACAUUAUACGUGUCAUCGAAGUACCCAGUCUAGUCUUCUGGAGCUUCAGUGGGCUCCUCCUAGUGGUUGACACAACGGGAAAACCUAACUUCAUCUCCCGCUACCGAAUUCAGGUUGGCAAGAAUGAACCAGUGGACACCGAGAAACUACGGCAGUGUAUCCGCACAGUUCUCUUCGACCAGGUCGUGAUCUCUUUGCCCAUGCUGGUCUUCCUCUAUCCCAUCCUCAAGCUGCGGGGAGACCCCUGCCACCGAGAGCUACCCACCUUCCACUGGUUCCUCCUGGAGCUGGCUAUCUUCACUCUGAUUGAGGAAGUCCUGUUCUACUACUCGCACCGGCUCCUUCACCACCCAACAUUCUACAAGAAAAUCCACAAGAAACACCAUGAGUGGACAGCUCCCAUUGGCGUGAUCUCUUUAUACAGCCACCCUGUUGAUCAUGUGACCUCCAACAUGCUGCCGGUGAUGAUGGGUCCCAUAGUAAUGGGCUCCCACUUGUCCUCCAUCACCAUGUGGUUCUCCUUGGCCCUCAUCAUCACCACCAUUUCCCACUGUGGCUACCACCUACCUUUCCUGCCUUCACCUGAAUUCCAUGACUACCACCACCUCGAGUUUAGCCAGUGCUAUGGGGUGCUGGGAGUGCUGGACCACCUCCAUGGGACCGACACAGUGUUUAAGCAGACCAAGGCCUAUGAGAGAGACAUCCUCCUGCUGGGCUUCACCCCACUGUCUGAGAGCAUCCCGGAUGCCCCGAAGAAGAUGGAGUGA